AUGUGGAUGCUUCUUGAAGGGAAGGCAAGUGCCGUAGAAGUCGAUAUUAAUCAGAACAAUUAUAUGACUCAUAGUUUCAACUUAGACCGCCUUAAACCUAUUCUUCGUGAAAGAUUCAAAGUUCUUAAGAAU